GUAAAUAAUCAUAAAUACUCACUUUUGUUCAAUUGAAUCUGGAUUUUUGCCGACGGAAGUCCCCGGCUGUGGGUCGUCAACAUCCUCAGCCUCCAUAUCCAUCAUCUAGUAACAAUUCCACUCCAAAACAAAGCCCAACAAAGCCUCAGCAAAGAGAAUGCGGUGAUUCUUGUUUGAUGUUUGACACACGGAGUUCACCCAAAACAUAACCUCAAACACUGACUAACGAUGCUAACGAUUCCCUAAACAUUUUAUAACUGUUUCUUUUAUAUUUCUUUAUCGUCAAAUAAAUCAUGGAAGAUUGUGAGUGCGAUGAAGCCCUAGAGCUAGGCUCGAGAACUUGGAAUCGAGUCAUGGAAUCAGCAUCAAAGACAGGAUAUCGAGAUGGCAUUGACGACGGCUCGCAAGAGGUCCUCCAAUCGGACUUCGAUGUCGGCUACGAGGAUGGCUUCAAGACCUCCUUCAUCCUCGGGAAAUACAAAGCCCUCGCAGCUUUGAAUCCCCAAACGAAACCCCCCGAAAUUGAAAGAAUCCUAGAGGCCACGCGAAGAGGAGCAUGCCACAUAUGUGAAUUAGAAUCUUCAGGGGAGAUAAAUCAACUGCAAUCCCCAGAGGGCAUCAAGAACCAUAAAGCCCACGUAACUAAAGUCAUCGACAAAUUGAACGAAUAUUUCUCACAAUUACUGGAGGUAGAAAACAUAAAAAUCGAGAAAUUGGAAUUAACUUGACAUUUUUUUUAGAAUAGAACAGUAAUUUCUGUGAUUGAUUUGUUUGAAAUGAAUUGAAACAGGCGAUUAGAAUAAUUAAUUCCUUUCAUUUUAUUAAACAUACGAAUACACGUGGCUCACACCAUGAAUAACUGAAAAUUAGAAAAAAAGUCGAAUGAUGAAUUUUUGAGAAUUAAAUGAUCUAGGAUUUUACAAGUAGAGGCCUUCGGGUGAGCCCUCUUUCUUCCUGUAGAGGACACUCUCCCUGGAUUUCUUGAAAUCAUCACUCGUGACCUUCAUGCGGCGUUCCCUGAGCGCCAUGAGCCCAGCCUCAGUGCAUAUUGCCUUGAUAUCAGCCCCGGAGAGGUCGUCCUUGGACAUUAUGAGCUCUCCGAGGUUCACAUCUGGUGCCAGGGUCAUUCUGCUCGUGUGAAUGCUGAAGAUCCGACGUUUGGUCUUUUCAUCGGGCAGUGGAAACUCAAUUUUUCGAUCUAUACGACCUGGACGGAUGAGGGCUGGGUCCAGGGUCUCGAUUCUAUUUGUUGCCAUCACUACUUUUACAUCUCCACGACUGUCGAAUCCUGGAUGAAAAAAUUUUCAUUGAAAAUUAUAUUUCUCUAAUUACUGGAAAGUCUUUUUGCAAUGGGGGCUGUAUCUGGAGAAUGGGUGGGUUUACCAGAAAAUAUGAUAGGACAAUUUUUGUAGAGAAUUAAAUUUCCAACAAAAAGUGUCCUUUCACAUUCUCCCCUAAAUCCACUAAUUGUGAAGCUAUUCAAUCUUCAACAAUUACAAAUCCUUUCUAAAAAAUCUUUCCUUUCCGUCACUGAAUAUCAUAUUUUUUCAUUGCAUAUAUUUAUAUAGGUAUAUUAGAAGAAUUCGGGAUUUCGCAAUGUCUCGUCAUGAUAAGACGUUUUUUAUAUUCACGAUACGAUUGAAUUGUUAUGUACAACCAAAAUCCCUAAACAAACGUUCAAUUCAACAUAUUUCAUUCACAAUGAAAUCGUCACAUACAAACACCGUUGCGAUUUUUAACCCAAAUCCAGAAAUUUUAUUUAUUUCGUGCAAUAGUAACCAAGCGCUAAGGAUCCCUCAAAAUUGCAAAAUUGCCUCAAAAUUAAUUUUCGUUAAAACUGGAGAAUUUUGUAGAAAAAUCCAUAAUUUUCUCGAAUUAAUCUCGAAUUUUC